GGGCGCAGCGCAGCGGCUGGCUGGAAGUUUUGGUGCGGGAGCGCUGGCACAAAGUGCUCGCCAACUUGGGCGGCGAGGCGCUCGUGCUGAGCGGCGAGGAGCGCCCCGACGGCGCGGCGCACAACGGGCUGGGCGGCGAUGGGGCGGCGGGCACGGGCGGCCCCGUGCGCACCGCCUUCACCGACCCCCCCGAGCAGGUGCCCGAGGCCGUGUCCAACAAGAAGCGGUGCGUGAAGGUGCUGAAGCAGGAGCUGGGCGGGCUGGGCAUCAGCAUCAAGGGCGGCAAGGAGAACAAGAUGCCCAUCCUCAUCAGCAAGAUCUUCAAGGGGCUGGCGGCCGACCAGACCCAGGCGCUCUACGUGGGCGACGCCAUCCUGGCCGUCAACGGCACCGACCUGCGCGACGCCACCCACGACGAGGCGGUGCAGGCGCUCAAGCGGGCGGGCAAGGAGGUGCUGCUCGAAGUGAAAUACAUGAGGGAAGCAACACCCUACGUGAAGAAAGGCUCUCCUGUUUCAGAAAUCGGGUGGGAGACGCCUCCCCCAGAGUCUCCUCGCUUGGGCUGUGCAUCUUCUGACCCGCUGUCACAGCUCUCCAUCUCCAUCCACAGAGACAAAAAAACCAUCCCGCUCAAGAUGUGCUAUGUGACACGCAACAUGACGCUGUCGGACCCCGAGAACAGACUUAUUGAAGUUCAUUCACCUGAUGCCAAGCACACCGUGAUUCUGAGGAGUAAGGAUUCAGCUACAGCCCAGGCCUGGUUCAAUGCCAUCCACUCCAGUGUCAAUGAUCUCAUCCCCAGGGCGAUUGCAGAGGUCAGAGACCAGCUGGGUAAGACAGGGAUUGCUGGAAGUCGAGAGAUAAGGCACCUAGGCUGGCUUGCAGAAAAGGUGCCAGGAGACAACGAGAAGCACUGGAAGCCAGUGCUGGUUGUCUUGACUGAGAAAGACCUUUUAAUAUAUGAGAGCAUGCCACGAAUGAAGGAAGCCUGGUUCAACCCUCUGCACACCUACCCUCUGCUGGCAACCAGGUUGGUCCAUUCCGGCCCAGGGAAGGGCUCCCCCCAGUCUGGGGUGGAUUUGUCUUUCGCCACCCGGACCGGUACCAGGCAGGGGAUCGAAACGCACCUUUUCCGGACGGAGACGAGCAGAGACCUCUCACUGUGGACGCGGAGCGUGGUGCAGGGCUGCCACAAUUCUGCAGAGCUCAUCACGGAGAUCACAACGUCUUGCACAUACAAAAGCCAGGAGUGCCGUUUGACCAUCCAUUAUGAACAUGGAUUCUCUCUUACAACUGAACCACAAGAUGGUGCCUUCUCUAAGACAAUCGCACAAUAUCCCUACGAAAAACUAAAAAUGUCCUCAGAUGAUGGGAUCAGGAUGCUCUAUUUAGACUUUGGAGGAAAGGAUGGAGAAAUUCAACUGGACCUUCAUUCCUGCCCAAAGCCGAUUGUGUUCAUCAUUCAUUCCUUCCUGUCAGCGAAGAUCACGAGGCUUGGUUUGGUGGCAUAAGUGGGAUGGACCUGUUUUCCCUAAGGAAUAUGGAGCAACCCUGCCGAUGGGAAGUGCCGUCACCGUUGGAACACACAGCUGGCAGUGUGUGUGGGACUGGAGUUUGGUGCUGGGCCCUGGUAAUUUCUGGCAGUCUCCCAAGGCCUAGCUUUUAUUUUCGUUAGCUAAAGCAGUGACAUGAAAAGGAAAACAGUGGGUUUCAUUGUAAAUAACGGGGUUUUAAAAUCCCAUCCUGGACAGCAGAAGAGUGUAGUACUUACUAGAUGUGUAAAAGUUUCAGAAUCAUAAAUMGUGCCUAUUUCAGUGUAUUUGUUUAUAUAGAAUAAGGGCUAAGCGGAUAAGAGCGGGCACUUGGUUGUCAUGCAAGAUCAAGAAGUUCUAUAAACAAGAUUGACCCACCAUCAAAAAGUCAUGCAUUUGUUUUUCUGUUCUAACCUGCUCACCAUUUAAAUAAAAUCUUCUUGGGGGUGGGCGAAUCAGAACCUGUUGCUUGAAUACCCAGCAGAGAUUGCAACCAGGCAGCUCCGGAUAGGAGGCUCUGAAGCAGUACAGGGGCAGUCGGUGAAGUGCUGCAGACGGGUCCUUGCUGAGGGGCACGGUCCCAUUCAGUGCUAGGACAUCUUGGGCACUUUCCUGAGGUGAGCCCAGCACAGCAGCCGUAGGGAUGUGCCCAGGGCCAGGCUGCCCCUGAGCGCAGAGCACAGCAGGGCCGGGUGGGCUCGUCCUUCGCUGAUGAGCGCGCAGGACGUGUCUUUCAUUGCCCCUUUCCAGAAGGGUUUAAUGGWUUUGAGCUUCAGCUACCCAAAAUCCCAGGCUCAGUUGCAAGGCAGAUGAAUCGUUUUGAAGCUCAAAUUGCAUUUCUCACAGCACAUUUUCCCUUCAGUGGUUUCCAAGAAAAGGCCRGAUUAAGAGCUGACUGUCCCCUUUUCCCACCACUCCUCAACUCUGCUGCUCCUGCUUGUAGAUUUAGCUGUCAGUUAAAUGAUCUCAAAUGAAGAACAAAUUUGGGGAGUGAGGAAAGCUUCAUUUUUGAGGUUUUCUGAAUCAGAACAGAAAAGUGACUCAAGCAGCUCCACCACCAAGGACAUGCACAGGGAAGGGACAGAAGCUUUGCUGCCAGAAAAGCCUUAAUAGGAAACUGCUCCUGCAAGAGCAUCUUGGAGCUUAGAUAUUUUUCCUGCUGCCAAAUCAGCCACGUUGAGGAGCUCACUAAACAAGACUUCUUUUUAAGAAAAGCUUAAGAUAACUUGUAGUGCAUUCAGGUGCGAGUCUAGAUGCAUUCCUUGCUCGCAGAGCUUGGUGAAGAUGUUGAGCCCUGUAGCCGUAACUUCCUAUUUCCUGCUUUGCACCACAUUUAAUUAUUUUCAUUCAACACAUGGGAAUCACUGAGGCAGCCGGGUCCACAGUUAGAGCAAGGGCAGGAACGCUGGGAACUGCCUUCACCAUCAAAUAUGGCACAGGCUGCCCCUGGAAAUACAAAACUGCCCUCAUGUGGUUGGGUAGGAGGAAAGAAAACGGCGUGCGUUGCUGCUGCUCUACAGCUGCGCACAGAACUGCUUCGCGUAGGGCUUUUUCCUUUGCUUGCUUUUCAAUUUUGCUCUGAAUUCACACAUGGAAGGAUAGGAACUGCACGGGACGUCAUAAAGCAGCAGUUCACGGAAGAUCCCCUGUGGGAGCCCCGCGCUUCCGUAGCGGAGAAAGCCGGGAAGCGCCCGGGUAACGGCACGCGGCUGGCAAAGAAAAUUGGGAGCACCRGAUGGUUCCACGUUGUUUUUAGGCCAAGUCUUGAAAGUUAAUUGUAAGUCAUACACUUUUGUAGGAAUUGAUUUCUCAUCACAGGUGUCCUAAUUGUGAAAAUUAAUUAAAAAUUUAAGGUGAUGGGGUGAAUGCACAAAUACUGAAAAUUAUUAUGACAGAAGCUAAAUUGAUUUUGGAAUAGCAGCCCCCCUCCCAACAUCUUCUUCAGUCCCCUAAAGGAAUCAGAAAAGUGAUUUAUCGAUCUGGGAACUUAUUUUUUACUGUCACUACUUGCAGUUCAAAUUUAACUUUUUGCCUAAAUUCACAAGUUAGGAGCUAUGUAAGACAACUUACCAGUAAUUUCCCACACGAGCAUUUCUCAGGUCGCUGCCAUGCGGCUGCCACGCGCGUAUCCGUCUGCAGCGGUGCCCGGGUGUCCGUCGCUUUGGCAGCUGCUGGGAUUGGGAGCUGCGCGGGUUGGAUGUCCUGGGAGCAGGUCCUGGAGCACAGGCUCAAGGGUCCCGCUGGGAGGUGCCGUGGGCAGCUUUUAAACAGGGUGUUUCACAGCCAAGUAUUUUAUCGAUGUGCAAAGUAUUUCAUGGAUGUUCCAAAGUACAACUUAAAAACGUUGGACCCAGAUUCCUAUAAACGUUCCAGAAGUGACAACUAACGCACCCUGGGGUAGGCUGAAUACAUUUGUAAACUGUGCUGCACUAUUCCU